AUGGAUGUCUAUAAUGCAUUUUUACAAAGAGAUUUGUAUGAAAAAGUGUACAUGACAAUUCCAGAAGGAUUCUCUAAUAAAGCUAGAAAGAGUGGACAGAAGGAAGGGGACAAGACAGCCAUUGUAUUGGUGUAUGUAGAUGACUUGUUACUUAUAGGGACUGAUCAGUCUAUGAUUCAGUACACAAAAAAGGCAUUGCAUACAACUUUUAAAAUAAAGAAUUUGGGAGAACUUAUGUAUUUUCUUGGUAUUGAAUUUGCAAGAAAUAAAGAUAGGAUCUUGAUGCAUCAGAGAAAGUAUGCACUAGAGUUAGAGGCAGAUAUGGGACUUUCAGGUGCUAAACUUGUUCUCACUCUUAUAGAUCAAGCUCAGAAGCUUACUACAACUGAGUUUGACAAGUAUGUACCAUUAGCUCAUGAAGAUUUGCUGCUGAAAGAUCCUACUAGUUAUCAGAAGCUUAUUGGAAGAGUAUACUGUGAUGCUGAUUGGGGAGCUUGUGUUAAUAGUAGAAGGUCAAUUACUGAUUGUUUUGUGCACUAUGGAAAUUCCCCAAUUUCUUGGAGGUCUAAGAAGCAGGCUACUCUCUCUAGAAGUUCAGCAGAAGGUGAGUACAGGGCAAUGGCCUCUUCAGUUGCAGUGGUGAUAGCUGUUAACCUUGUGUUCCAUAAAAGGACUAAACACAUAGACAUAGAAUGUCAUUUUACUAGAGAUAAAAUUCAGGAAGGGUUGAUUGCCACUGCAUACUUGCCUUCAACAGAACCUGCUGAUCUAUUCACUAAAGGUCUUGGUAGAUCAUUGCACUUACAUUUAUUGUCCAAGCUUGGCAUGAAGAAUGUCUUCAUAGCUCCUAGCUUGAAAGGGAGUGUGAAGGAGUUGAUCACAUGUGUUGAUGUACCUUAA